AUGAUCACCGAACAGAUUGGCUACCUCAAAUCGCUCGGUCUUGACUUCGGCUGGGGCACGACGGCGAUGAUGGAGUGGAUCCUCGAGCACGUCCACGUCUAUACCAGUCUCCCCUGGUGGGGCUCCAUCGCUCUGACCGCCUUUCUCAUCCGCGCUGCCAUGUUCCGGCCCUACAUGACCGUUUCUGACGCAGCGGCUCGCCGUGGCGCCAUGAAAGAGAUUACAGACCCGCUCACCGCAGAGAUGAAGAGGCGGUCGAACGCGGGGGAUGGACAGGGCGCGCUGCAGGUACAGAGGGAGCUGUCGCAGGUGUACAAAGCUGCGGGCAUCCGUCCGUGGGCGAUGAUGGUGGGCCCGCUGUUGCAGAUGUUCGUCGGGUUCGGCAUGUUCAGGCUGCUGAGGAACAUGGCGAGCCUGCCGGUGCCGGGGUUGGAGAGCGGUGGAUUGCUUUGGAUCAAGGAUCUUACCAUCAGCGAUCCGUAUUUCGUCCUUCCUGUGGCGUGCGGCGGCAUGUUCUUUCUCUUGGGCAAGUUGGGCGGCGAAUCCGGCAGCGUAUCAUCCCUAACCCCCGCGCAAUACAAAAUGAUGCUGUACUUCCUCCCCGCCAUCUCAAUCUUCUUCGUGUCAUGGAUGCCCGCCGCACUGCAGUUCUACUUCGUCUGCACAACCCUCCUGGGCGCCAUCCAGUCGCGCCUCUUCCAGUGGGCCGCAUUCCGCAGCGCGUUCGGCCUGACGCCCAUCGUCCCUAUCAAGCCAGCAGAAACAGCAAACUCGCGCGUCAUCGCCGUCAACGCUACCUCGAGGUCGAGCGCCACGGCGCAGGGUUACUCCUACGAAGCGCCUACCGUUGCCUCGUCAAUUGCGGGCUCCGGCAGGGAGCCGCUGGAGGCUGCACCCCAGCCGAAGCAGGAGGGUAUCCUGGGCCGCGCGAUGGGCACUGCGAAGACGAGCGUGAAUGACCUCAUGGAACAGGGCAGGGCGCGCAUUGCGGCGACAACGGGGCAGGCGAGGAAGGAGGUCGCGGGUAGCAAGAGUAAGCAUUUUUUGAGGCAGGCUGAGGAGUAUGAGAGGAGGAGGAUGAUGGAGAUUGAGGAGGAGAAAUCGGUGGAAGAGGAGGAGAGGAGGAUGAUGAUGGGGGAGCGGAACGGGGGGAAGAAGACGAGGAAAGCAAAGUCGACCAACGAACCGAAGCGGACUAGGAGAUGA